GGGUUGUCAGCAUUCCUGACGAAACAAACUUAUAAAGGGUGUCCAACCUGCUAGUAAUUUUAUUUUGAUGGGCAAUUGUGUUAACGGAGAAGUUAUAACACCUGUAGAAAUCCAAACACCCUUGGAAAUCCUCACACCUCGAGAAAUGGACAGAUCCACCGCGACUACCUACUUCAGCUACCCUGAUCAGGCUCUCCAGGAUGAGCUGCGCAAGAUUGCCAAUGCCAUCACUGCUAAGGGCAAGGGCAUCCUAGCUGCUGAUGAAUCUGUUUCCACCAUGGGCAAACGCUUGUCUGAUAUUGGUGUUGAGAAUACUGAUGAGCACCGCCGCAAAUACCGCCAGCUUCUCUUCACCACUGACAAGUCCAUUUCCGAUUACAUUUGUGUGAUCCUUUUCCCUGAGACCCUGUACCAGAAAGCUGAUGAUGGAACCCCUUUCAUCAAACUCAUCAAGGAUAAGGGUAUUAUUGCUGGAAUUAAGGUGGAUAAAGGUGUGGUGCCACUGAUGGGGUCUGAGGGAGAGAGCACCACCCAGGGUCUGGAUGAUCUCUCACAGCGCUGUGCUCAGUACAAGAAGGAUGGUUGUGACUUUGCCAAGUGGCGUUGUGUCCGUGGCAAGAACACUCCCAGCUAUCAAGGCAUGCUUGAGAAUGCUAAUGUUCUUGCCCGUUAUGCAUCCAUCUGCCAGAUGAAUGGUCUUGUUCCUAUUGUUGAGCCUGAGGUACUUCCCGAUGGUGAGCAUGAUCUGGACCGUGCACAGAAGGUGACAGAGACUGUCCUUGCUUUUGUCUACAAGGCUCUUAAUGACUAUGUCUUCCUUGAGGGCACCCUCCUAAAGCCUAACAUGGUCACUGCUGGACAGUCAUGUGCGAAGAAGUAUACCCCAGAAGAGGUUGCCAAGGCUACCGUGGUUACCCUCUCCCGCACCAUGCCUGCUGCUGUUCCUGGAGUAACUUUCCUGUCUGGUGGUCAGUCAGAGGAGGAAGCUUCAGUUCAUCUUGAUGCUAUCAAUAAGUGUGUUGUUGCAAAACAACCUUGGGCACUUACCUUCAGCUAUGGUCGUCUGCAGGCAUCUGUACUCAGGGCUUGGGGAGGCAAGGAUGAACAGGUUAAGGCUGGCCAGGAAGAGCUGUUGAAACGUGCUAAGGCUGACAGUGAGGCGGCUCAGGGUAUCUACCAGUGGGCAUGCAAGGGCUAUGCUGGUGACGCCGGACUCUUCAUCAAGGACCACGCUUACUAAGUCACUCCGUAAAAAAACUAAGAUAUUAUAUUAAGUUCCAUUUUGUUACUUCAAUAUAUUUUAAUGGGUUUAGUAUAAAAAUCGCAAAAUAAUAUUGAUAAUGUAACAUUAAAAUUUCCAGUCAAUCACCAUCUGACAAUUUGUGUAGAAGUAUCACCGAUAAAACAAAAUUUUACACCAAUUUUGUUUUUGUGAUGCUGAAAUUGUACCUGUCUAUUAAAAUGCCUAAAACAAUGAGUUUAAAUUUUCAUACCAAAUUUACAUGAAGCACACUUACAAUGAAAGUAGGGGCAAAAUAGCUUGCUUCUGCUAAUUCCUGUAGCUAAGAAGCAAGUUGUUAUUUAAAAAUGUAGCACAGAAGACACUUGUAAGUACAUUAUCUACAGUGUUAGUUUUCUUGAUUCCACAAUAUCUCAUAAGACCUAACAUAAAAAUAGCUUUGUUUUCACAUUUCAACUGCCCCAGAAAAAAAAAAUAUUUUUCUUGAUGGAUUGUGGUGAAAGAAAUAACCAGAAAAGAAAAGUUGAGUUAUUGCCCUUGACUGCCUUGUCCAACCUAAUGAUGUGUUUGAGGAUCUGGAUGUUUGUAGCUAUACUUGAGUCAAAAUAAAUUAUAUUAUUACAAGGAAGAAAUGAGGUAAAAACUACCCAUGAAAUUAAUUGUAUUAACCAUGUAACCUCAAGUUGUAGCUCCUACACGUGGAAACAAUUAAUUUUCUGUUAGGCAUAAUGUAGAUGCGUCUUAUAUGUAAAGUACUACUAGCUUCUGUGAAUAUGAUAAAAGGCUCAUUGAUAGUUAUUAAAGGACUUUAAUUAGAACUUCUGCAGAGUGUACAGUCUACAGUAUAUUCUUCUGUAUACUGUAAAGUAUUUACAGUAUUGCAUAACAAUAAUUCCAUCGUUGCCAAAUAUAAUCACUAAGCCUUUUAUAUAUUAGUCCCUUGCAAUAAAACUGCAGCAUUGAAAACUUUGAAUUGUACGUUGUCCAAUGUACCUUGUAUUCAUAUUUAGUGCAAGCAUUGCUAAGGGCAGGUAAAAGAAGCAGGAAAAAGACAGAUAGCAGUUGCUGUGUCAUGCUUUUGUGUUUGCACAAGAGGCAAGAAAUGUGUACAAUUGUAUAUUGGUCUGGAGUGUGUAUUGUUGACUGUCAUGUGUGAACCUUUCACAGGAAAAUUUUUAUUCAAUAUUUAUUUUGAGCAAAAUACAGUACUCUGGAAUCAGUAAGAUGAGCAAUUUUGACCAGUUUUCAAUAAUUUUUUUACCAAAUCAUGAGUUUAUGAAUAAGGUUUCUAAAAGUACUGUACAGUUUUACUGACAUUUAAAGAGAAAAUUAUCACAGUGCAGUGUUUGAACUUUAGAAACAAAAAAUCAAAACUUUUAUGAAUGUUAUGAAUAACAGUAUUGCUGCACUUGUGCCUUUCAUACACCUACCGUACUGACUACUGUACAGUAUCUGGUUUCAUGAACUUGAUGUUGCAAAACCUACCAAACAUAACUAAUACCAAUUGGAUAACUUGCCUCCACUCUACCAGUACUUUACUUUAACUAAAAAUCCACAAAGUAACAAACUUGCUAAAUAGCCUUGCAUCUCUACUUGAGCUAUGCUAUAUGUAAAUUCACAAAUGGUAUUAAUGUGUUUUACACUCACCAAGUAUAUAACCUGUAAUUAACUGAAACUAAAUCAUGUGUCAUGUCACGUACAUUAAAUGUGAUCUGGUGUUAAUUUGAAAUAAUUCGAUUAUGUUUAUAAAGGUACGGGAUAUAUGUAAGAAAAACAAAUGAAUAUCUGCUUUUUGGUUUUUUGAAGAGUAUUACAUUUUGCUCAAAAUUGAAUGUUGACUUUAUUUUCUGAGCGAAUGGUUUUCUCUAUUAUCUUUGAUGAUUUAUGAGGAUGCACAUACUACUUUACCAGGUUAAGAUGAAUUAUGAAUGUGAGGGUUAAAGUAAUGAAAUAAAUGAAUAAUCGCU